AUGGAUGACGAAGAAGAGGAGCUUGUAUAUGAAGUUAAAAGGGAAAAGCAAACUAUAAAGACUAUUAUCUCUGCUUUACAGGUGGUAAAAUUAUUUGAAGAUGGAUGUCAGGGUAACCUUGCAUCAAUACUAGAUGUGGAUGCAAAGUUUACACCACUAGAGGAAUUGGAGGUAGUCAAGGAAUUCCCUGAUGUCUUCCCAGAUGAUUUAAUCCAGCUACUACCUAACAGAGAGCUGGAGUUUACUAUUGAUCUAACUCUUGGAGCUGCCCCAGUGUUUAAGGCUCCUGAUCUUCAGAACAUUCAAAAGUAUGACUGUGAUGGCGUAGCCUAUGAAUACUUCUUGAGGAUGAUGGACCAUCUUGCCUGGGGUGAUCCGAGCUUGUAUGGGGCUGACUUCAUUCUUCAGCCUUGGGCUUAUGAGCAUCUUGACUUCCUCAACACUCCCUUAUUAGAAGGGGAUGAUGAUAUAUUACCUCUCACCUGGAAAUGGGGUGCGGGUGGGACCAUCUGUGGCCCUUUGCCUCUUACCACCACAAGGAGGGAUGUCUUAGACCAACUCACUGUGGUUAAUUGGACUCCCUUCCAAAUGGUGAAUUUUCCAUCGGAAGCCCAUCGAGAUCAGGCCAGGAGACUUACUGGUCUUCGUGUUUUAUUCCAAGGUCCCAACGGUUCCACCUGGUAUCUUGGGGAGAGGGUCACUAGGCAAUGGUUUGACUCAGACGCUCCCCUAGUUCCUCAUCAUCCUGCUCCAUCCAUGCACAAUCCUAGCAUCCUUUCUGAGGAAAACUUUCAGGUGGCCCUAAUUGGGGUGACUAGGGAUAACUUUAUGGACCCGAUGUGAGAUUACUAGGAGUAGGGGUGCAAGUUUGGCCCAGCCCGAACCUGCCCUUGGUCCGCCCUGAUACCGAACAAAUGCUGACCCCAAAAUUUUGGCCCUGAGGGUCGGGUCGACCUUGAAAAUUUUGACCCUGAGUCAGGGUCAGGGCAGGUAAGGGUUGAUGUCUUUGGCCCGCCCAG